AUGUCCACAGCCACACUGUUACCCAACUAUGGUCGAGUAAUUGGUAGAUUACGAUCCACCAUCCGUAAACUUAACCACGAUCCAGAAUUAUUACAAAAAUAUGAUGCCAUAUUCAAAGAACAGCUAACCCUCGAAAUUAUUGAAGAAGCUCCUAAAAUUCCAGGUGGACCUAUCCACUUAAUCCCGCACCAAGCAGUAGUAACACCCCAAAAGACUACAACCAAGGUUAGAAUAGUAUUCGACGCUAGUUGCCCAACUUCCAAUGGGAAAAGCUUGAAUGACCACUUGUUCCGUGGACCAGUCAUGUUACCUGAUCUGUUAGGCAUGUUACUGAGAUUUCGAGCUACACCAAUCCCACUAUUAGCUGAUGUUGAAAAAGCUUUCUUACAACUAACCCUCGACAAAAGAGAUCGCGAUGUAACUCGCUUCUUAUGGCUUAAAGACCUCUCUAAACCUCCAGAACCCGACAAUAUAAUUACCUAUCGAUUUCGAAGAGUAUGCUUUGGUGUAGUGUCCUCUCCAUUCCUCUUAGCCGCAUGUAUUGAUCACCACUUGUUGAAUUACCCACAUCCGUUGGCAAAAAACAUGCGUAGAAAUCCUUAUGUCGAUAAUAUCCUCAUUGAGAACGAUACUCCACAGGACGCUAUUGAAGCUUACUCCACUUCAAAAUCGAUUUUUCAAGAAGCAAAAAUGAACCUCCGUGAAUAUCAGACAAAUGAUUCUACAGUCAACGAAUUCCUUCGCACAAAAGGCGAAAUCACUCCGGAAAAGACAAAAGUACUUGGUGUUACAUGGAUACCCGCUGCUGAUACGAUAACCUUACCCUCAUAG